GCAAAAGGUAUGAGGAGGAAAGAGCUGAGCUAGAGAUGCAGAUUGGAAAACAAAACAUGACACUAGAGAACUUCCUGGGGAAAACAUUUGGGGAAAUGCACCGCCCCUUAAUGAACUAUUUAAAAAGUACUGGUAUAAGUGAGAGAAUUUAGUAAUCUAUAGUACGAAUAACUAGUAUAUAGCUAUUUAUCUCUUUAUUUUCUUGUAUGUAUGCAGUAUCGUUUUGGUAUUAUUAGUGUUUUUUUUCUGUUUAAUUUUAUUAUUAUUAUUAUUAUUGUUAUUUAUUUUUUACUGUUAAUUUUUUGUAUUUAUUUUAUUUUAUUUUAUUUUUUUCCUGCCAAUCUACUGCCCACACUCCAGUCCAGUAGGUGGCGGUAAUGCACCUUUAGUGGUUUGCCAACCGCCAUUGAAAACGAAAAAGAAGAAAGAAGAAGAGGCUGCCGGACGCAGCCCUUUGUACUUGCGCGUCACGUGGCCACGCCCAGUUUCCUGAGCGGAGUCACGCCGUCGCGUGCGUUUACGUAAAUCUGGCGCUCCGGUUUCCCUGGCGGAGAAGAUGGCGGCUCCUGGACCGGGGGAGUAUUUCAGCGUUGGGAGCCAUGUCUCUUGCCUCACCUGCCUGGGCCAGCGUUUGCAAGGAGAAGUCGUGGCCUUCGACUACCAGACCAAGAUGUUAACUCUGAAAUGUGCUUCCUCCAGCGGCAAGCCCAACCUCAGCGACAUCAUCCUGAUCAACUUAGCCUACGUUUCCGACGUAGAAACCAUUAACGACCGCACCGAGACCCCUCCACCUCUAGCAUCUUUGAAUGUCAGCAAGCUUGCCAAUCGGGCAAGGACGGAAAAGGAAGACAAGUUGUCCCAAGCCUAUGCAAUCAGCGCUGGGGUUUCAAUCGAGGGCCAGCAACUAUUCCAGACUAUACAUAAAACCAUUAAAGACUGCAAAUGGCAGGAGAAGAACAUUAUUGUGAUGGACGACGUCGUAAUCUCGCCACCCUAUCAGGUGGAAAACUGCAAAGGCAAAGAGGGAAGUGCUUUAAGUCAUAUACGCAAAAUUGUCGAGAAACAUUUUAGAGACGUGGAAACACAGAAGUCGAUGCAGCGUUCACAAGCACAGCAAACACAGAAGGAGUCGUCGUUAUCAUCCUGAGGUGACAGGAGGCGGGCACGGAUUGGCCAGAGAGGGCACAGUGGGCAUCAGCGCCCCGAAAGCUGAGCGAGAACGGCACUCCCCCCCCCCCCCUCUCUCUCUCUCUCUCUCGCUCUCUCACUCUCUGUCUCUCUCUUCUCCUCCUCCACCCAUUCAGUGUCACAGUCAGAAGGUGGGAGGGGGGAGGGGGGGCGUGUCACCAAGUGGCCCUGGGUCUGCCAGAUCAUUUAAAAAAAACAAGCCAGAAAAACAUGGGGAAAAAAUCAGAUAAAAUGUGAGGGUGGAAAGACUUAAUUCUAAAUUAGAAUUCUUUAUAAAGAUAAUUUAAAAUACCAACUAUUAAGCAAGGCAUAGUUUUCCUAACUAACUCAGCAUCUCUCUCUCUCUCUCUCUCUCUCUCUCUCCCCCAUCUUUAUCUGUGCCCUCCUCUUCCUACUUCCCUCCAUUCAUUUUCAUCCCCCCCUUCGUCUUCGAUUCCAUUUUCUCAUCAAAAAAAGGAAAAAAAUCCAAGCAGUCGGAAAAGCGUGUCAGCUUUGUUUCCUUCCUCUCCCAAUUUUCCUUUUUUGCUGUCUUCAUGUUCUACAUGUGUCUAUUUUCUGUAUUUUAAAACAAGAUGUGACUUGAAAUGCCACAGUUUGAAAAGGACAUUUUCUAAAAUAAAAGUAACAAAAAUUC